AUGUCUGAAGUUAAAGAACCUACCAAACCCGAAUCCAAGAAUAUGUUAAAAAAAUUGGCAUCUGGAAGUAGUUGGGUAUCUCCAUUUAGAACCCAACCGGAUGAAAAUGAUCCAAAAGCAAAGAAAAAAGUCAAUUUAUACAAACAAUUCAGAGAAUCAAACAAAAUUGACAAUAUCAAAGUCCCAGUUAAAUAUUCUUACCACCCAACUUUGGAAGCCGAGGCCAAAAAGAAGAAAGAGCAAGAAAAAGCUGCUGCUGCUACUACUACUUCAACAGAUGCUGCUGCUACAGAAGAAGAAGAAAAACUUGAUAACGAAGCCAAGGAAGCAGAGAUCGAAGAUGAACAGCUCAAAGACGAAAAUGAACCAAAGGAUUACACUGAAAAUGGUAACGAAGAUGCUUCAGCUGAUGCCAAAGCAGAACAAGAAACCCUCGAUGAAGCUGCCAAGGAAAAACUUAUUGCCGAUGGUGCCCCAAUUGAAGGUACUUCUUCCACUGCUGCUCCUACUGAAGAAAAGGAAAAACUCGAUGGGGAAGCUAAGGAAGUUUUAACCACCAAUGGCGAAGUUCAAGCUAAUGGUAACGAUGAUAACAUCGAGCAAUUGGUUAAAGAAACUCCAAUUGAAUUGGUAGACCAACCGGUUAAGACUAAAUAUGAACCAGUUGAAUUACCAAACAAAGAAACUUUAGACAAGUUUAAGGAUAAGCCAGCUAUCUUGAGACAUUAUACUGAAUUGAAUGCCAUUGGUGUUGGUUCAAUUGCCAAUAAAAUUGAAGAUCCAAACAAGGUUGUUGAAUUGGGUUCUGGUUUGAGAAUGACCCAACAACAAUUGUUGGAUAUUGCUGCAAAGAGAGUUGCACCAGUCAUCACCAACAUCAAUGAUUCUGUUUCUAAAAGUAGACAAGAAGAUGAAAUCAAGAGACAGCAACAGAUUUCCGAGAAAGUCAAGAAGCACGAAAACAAAUUACAAUCCGAAUUUGAAAAGUACUUGGGUAAGAUUGGCAAAAAGAAGGACAAGUUCAACAAAGAAAUUGAUCUCAAAUUAUCUAAUAUUGGUGGCCUGAUCCAAAGAUCCGACAGUGCUGCAGUUGAAUUUGAGAAAACCACUAGAGGUGAAAUUGAAACUGCCAACAAAGAAUUUGAGGAACGUGAAGCUAAGGCUGUUGAACAACAUGGUACUGAUAAAGAAAAUCUUGUAAAGAAUCACGAAGAAUUGUUAGCUACCAAAAAGCAAGAAUUGGAAGAUGCUAAGACUGGCCAAGAAACCGCUACUCAAGAAAUUGAAGAAUUGAAAGAUAAAAAAACCGAAUUGGAUGACAAAAAUUCCGAAUUGGCUGAUAAGAUUGAGCAAUUGACUGCCCAAUUGAAUGGUGAGAUUUCCAAGUUGGACGAAUUGAAGGAACAACACAAGACUCACCAAGAUGCCAUUGAUCUUAACUUGUCAAAGAAGGACGAAUUGGACAACAAUUUGACUACAGUUCGUAAAGAUCUUUCCGAUAAACGCGAAAGACAUACUGCUUUACUGGCUGAAAUUGGAGUUUUAUCUGGUGCUGCUGCCGCUUAUGCUGCCAAAUUAGCUUCUUUACAUACUGAUAAAGAAGACAGAGCCAAGAGACUCAAUGAAGCUAAAGAAACUCAUGCUUCUUGGUUACAAGAAAAACGUGAAUUAGCCGAACAAACUGCCAGAGAACACGAACGUAAGAGAUUGGAAGCAACCGAAGAGUAUGAAACCAGAAAGCAUAUGGAAGAAUUGGAAAGACAAAGAUUGAAGGAAGAACGUGAAAGACAAGAACAAGAAGAGGCUGAAGAAAGAGAAAGACAAGCCAAGAAAGAAGCCGAAGAAAGAGAAAGAAGAGAAAAAGAAGAAGCUGAAGAAAAGGCUAGAUUAGAGAAAGAGGCAGCUGAAGAGCAAGCCAGAAAGGAAAAGGAAGAAGCCGAAGAAAAGGCAAGAAAGGAAAAGGAAGAAGCUGAAGAGAAAGCCAGAAAGGAAAAGGAAGCCGAAGAAGAAAAGGCCAGACUUGAAAAGGAGGAAGCAGAAGCACUUGAAGCAAGAAAGAAAGAUGUCGAGUACAAGGUUUCACAAGCUAUUGUUGAAAGAGAAGCCAAUCAAAAGAAAUUCGAAGAGGAAAGAGCUGAAGACGAACGUAUCUAUAACGAGCGUAAGCUUAAAGAAAAGGAAGAGCAAGACAGAUUGUUGAAGGAAAUUGAAGAUUUGAAGGCCGAAAAGGAAAAAGCUAUUGAAUUGGAGAGAGAAGAAGCUGAAAGAACUGCUCAACUCAAGUUGGAUCAAAUCAAGAAGUUGCAAGAGGAACAUGAAGCUAAACUUAAAUUGUAUGAAGAAAGAAUGGCUUUUGAAAAUUUGCAAAAACAAAGAUUGGAAGAAGAAGUUGAAAACUUGAAGAAGAUCCGUGAAUUGAGAGAAGAAAAAGCUAGAUUGGCUAUCGAACAAGUUAAAGAUCCUAAAUUGGAAGAAGUCAAGAGAUUGAUUCAAGAAAGAGAAUUGGAAGUUGAUAGAUUGGCGCAAAAACUUCAAUGGGAUCAACCGCCAGUGAAACCAACUGAAAGUUCUUUUUUAGGGAUUAGCAAUGAUAGUCACAAAUCUGGAGCCAUCCCUGUUCCUAGUUCAAAGGACGUUGUAGGAGGCGAUGUCAAUACUAAAGAAAUUUCAGGAGAGAAGAAGAGCGGAAGUGGAAGCAAUGCUGCAGGUAUUACUGCAGGCUUUGUUGGUGGUCUUUUGGCUGGUACUGCUGCCGGUGUUGGUGCAGGAUUAGGAGCUGCUGGUUCAGCAGUAUCUGGUGCUUCUAAUGCUAUUUCAUCAGCUGCUGGUGGUGGUAGUGGUCUUGGUGGUAGCAAGAGUGUGAAUGUUCCUCAAAGUGAAAGUGUUCCAAGACGUCAAGUUGAUUCUCUUGUCGCCAAAGUUGAGAAUAUGGAACCGGUUUCUCCAAAGAAAGAACUGAGUGGAAUUGAUGUUGCUGAACAAGCUGCCGAGAAAGCAGCCAGUGAACAAGCUGCUACUGAAAAGAGAGCGGCCGAAAAUUUAGCUGCUGAAAAGGCAGCUGCUGAGAAAGCUGCCGCGGAAGAAAAAGCUGCCGCCGAAAAGGCAGUUGAAGAAAAGGAAGUUGCUGAAAAAGCCGCUGAAGAAAAAGCCACUUCUGAUAAGGCUACUGCUGAAAAGGCAGCUACUGUGGCCGCAGCUACCGUUGCAGCAUCAACCGUGGCACCUGUAACUCCUACCAAAGCAAGAUCUAGCAGUCUUACUGAAAAGUUUAAAGGUUGGGGUAGAAAAUUGAGUGCUUCUUCAUCCAAGGAAAAAUUGGCUUCUCCAGUUAAAGAAAAAUCCAAGGAAACUAAACCGGUCACUAAAGCUAAAACCAAUGGUGAUGCUGUUGUUUCCAAAGAUUCUGAAAAGCCAACUACGGAAAUGAAUGGUGAUAGUAGUGUCGUUGCUAAAGAUGAUAAGUUACCAACUGGUGGAAUUACUGCUUUAGAUGCUGAAAAAGAUGCCGUUGUAUCCAAGGAUGUCAAGACUAUUGGUGGUGUUAAUGCCAAUGAUAUUGAGGACAAGCCAACUGGAUCUGUUGCAAGAGAAGAACAAAAGAAUGAUACCGAAGUUGGUGACGAUGAAUCAUAUGAAAUCCAAUCAGUUUAUGAAGUUGUUUCUGAUAGUGAAUUCGAAGCUAAUAAGAAUGAUCCAAAUUACUUUGAAGUCAGUUCUGAAGAUUUCCAAACCCAUAAGGAUUUGGAAAAUAAAGUUCAACUUUUAGAAAGAAUUGACGAAUAG